AUGAUAAUCGAGGGAUCUGAGAGGAAAGAUGAAGUCGGCAGCCCGGUCGCUACCCUCCGGUCAAAGGGCAGAAAGACGCCGCUGUGGCUCGUACAUCCCGGUGUCGGAGAAAUCCUGGUCUUCAUGAACCUCAUGAGGCUCAUCAACGACCGGCCAGUCUUUGCCUUCCGUGCGGAGGGUUUCGAUAGCGGCGUUUCGCCUUUUGCCUCCUUGGAUGAGUUGUUGGAUUACUAUUUUCAGCACCUUAAAGCCGUCCAAGCAAAGGGGCCGUAUGCUAUCGCAGGCUAUUCGUUCGGCUCAAUGAUUGCCUUCGAAUUAUGUAAGAGACUGGAGACAGCAGGUGAUGAGGUUCUUGACUGCGGUUGCUGGAACCUUCCGCCGCAUAUAAAGCACCGCAUGAGACAGUUCGGCUGGGUAGAGUGUCUCGCCAACUUAUUUCACUUCACGAAGCUCAUCGAACAGGAUCAGGCUUUACAGCAGAUACCCAUGUUGCGCACAUUCUCAAAGCAAGAAGCAGUCGCCCACCUCCGAGCCCUCAGCGACUCGGAUCGUUGGCUUGAGUUAGGCCUCGGCGAAGAGGAAUUUGUCAAGUGGGCAGAUUUGGCAUCUUCGCUCCAGCAUCUGGCUUGA